AUGGAAUCGCCCCCUUCAAGUUCAACUUGGUCAGAGGGUUUCAUUUUAAGUGAUGAUAGCGGUCUCCUUUUGACAAAUGAGUCUGCUUCUAGUGGUAGUGUUAGCGGUGAAAGUCGCAAUGGAAGAAAGCUUUUUCAUUUCGAGGACAGUGACUGCGAAGAGAAGUCCUUGUCCCAAGACGAUUCUCUAGAUGGAAUGUCGGAUAUCAUGUGUGGAGAAAAUUUCAACACUCUAAAAAAGGGUCCCAAUUGGACAGACUUCGCCACCAAACAUUCUUCUUCCCCGAUAGAGCCGCCGCCAGAGUUUCAGGAUAAACCGAAAAAUUUAAUGUUGGAUUUCUUUUGCGAAAAACUCGCCCAACAACUCAUAAGAAAGGCGAUACACGAGUACAGAGAAGUUGAAUUGAGGAAAUUAAAACUUUUGUGCCAAUUACAGAAACCGCUGCAGCAUUUAUUGAGCCGACCUUGCUUCCCAUCCGAGUUCAUACCGUUCAGUCCAUGUCAUAUCGGUAGACCAAGUUCCAGAAGUUCUUUAGGAUCUUCCCGUUUGUCCAGCUCCCAUAAUUCCUUGUCUAUUCCGAAUACCCAAAAAGUUGAUGAUUCCACUUUUAUAACGCAAGCCGUUUCCCAUGAUACUUUGUCCUGUAACCAAAUCAGCGAUUUGUACAAUGUACCAUUCGACAGUGAUAUUUAUGCAGUUCCUAUUGAUGUGGUGAAACCCCAACUCAAACCUAGACGUUCCCAGCAUCAGAAGAAGAGGCGGAGGAAUACAGCUGGUGGAUAUAGAGAUCUGGAACUGAAGCAUUAUCGCAUGCUGGCUAAUAAAAACAGAACUCUCGAGCUUCAUCGGACGUUAUGUUUCCAAAGCGACAACAAGAGACAUAGCGUUGCUGGUACAUCGGCCUCAACGCAAGGCGAACCCAUACACGUAACGCUGCAAGAAAUUCGCCAAUACUUGCAAACGCUCUAUUCCAGUUCCUCGGAUUCAUCGGAACCGAAAGAAAUAUCGCACAAGACGAAAAACACUAUAUUAUCAACGAACAACAACAGAUAUUCCUUAAACAAAAAUCUAGUCAGUAGUAAUAACGUUCAUGAUGCGGACCCCAUUACAGUUCCUCCGGCCAGAUCGAAGAAGAGCACGUUGUUCAUCAAUAUAAAGAACAAGAAGGUUAAAGAUUCCAGCGACAAUCCCGGCAAACAGAUCAACUUGUCACCGACCAAAAAAGACGAGAAACGUAGAAAGUCUCCUACAAAGGUAUUUUCGUUGAAGCAGAUGCUGUGCAACAUGUUUAGGUUCAAAAGAUUUUUGGCGCCAGAGCGUAUGAAGGAUGAGGAUAGAAAAAUGUAUGGCAACAAGAGUGGAGCAAUGACGGAUGACGUUCAUUCAAGUAUCAGCAGUAGAGCGUUACCACCUUUGCCUAAUAGAGAAGACAACGACAGCGGCGUUGAUCAGGAACAGAUGUUGGAUUUCGCUACUAGUAUUCAACGAGUGAAAGAUUACGGCUGGUAUUGGGGUCCCAUAUCAAGCGAAGCUGCUGAAAAGAUACUCUCUAAUGAACCCGACGGGUCGUUCAUCGUCCGUGACAGCAGCGAUGACCAUUACAUAUUCUCGUUGACAUUUAAAUUGAACAACUGCGUCAGACACGUUAGGAUAGAGCACGAUCAGGGCAAUUUCAGUUUCGGAAGCUGCACGAAAUUCAAGUCCCAAACCAUAGUUGAGUUUAUAGAAAACGCUGUAGAACAUUCGCGUAGCGGCCGAUAUUUGUUUUUUCUGCAUCGUAGACCUGUCAUUGGACCAGUUAGAGUGCAAUUACUUCACCCUGUGUCGAGGUUUAAGCAGGUUCAAAGCUUGCAACAUAUGUGCAGGUUUGUGAUUCACAAAAACGUCAGGCGCGAUUUGAUACCCAGUCUUCCGUUACCUAGAAGGAUGAUAGAUUAUCUGAACACGCCUUAUUACUAUACGGAGCUGUUGGUAGACGUCCGAGAACAAGAUGAGGAGAAAGACGAUAACCAUGUAAAUUUAGAUAAUCAGCACAACGUCCAAUUAGUCGAUAAUUCCAUUGUACCUGUUAAUAAUUACGUUGUUGUAAAUAAUAAUAACGACUCAGGAAAUACUCAACAGUCGUGA